AUGCCCGAAAGUAGUCCUCAGUCCAAGUCGGCCGGCGGUGUCGUCAAACAUCGUGCAUGUGAUGAGUGUCGUUCGCGAAAGCUUGCCUGCACCAAGGAGCCUGAUGGCUGCUCACGCUGCAAGAGGGAGGACCUGAGAUGUGUCUACUCGCCCCAGAAGCAGAUGGGCCGGCCACGGAAGCGUAGACAUGUCGAAGAGUUUGAUGCACAACCCCCCUCCGACAAGCAGCAGAGCCCAGAUCAGCCGCCGCAGGUGUCACUCUUCACGCAACCAACCCUAGACACCGACUUCUCGGCCUUCUUCACCCAAGACUACUCCAACAUGAAUUACCUCGAUCUGCUCUCCCCCUUGGAAGGCCUGCCACCGUCGACGCUGCCGCCCGAGCUAUCCAGUCUUACCAUGGCUUACACCGAGCCGCGGUACCCUACGGAAGAUUUCCAGCUGGGUGCUACCGGUGUUGACCUGUUAGGUGACAUCAACUUUGAUGAAAGUGACUCUGCUGACGAGGAUUUGCCUCAAGACAUCAGCAAAAGCUUUACUGACCUGCUCUUGGCGCAAGCGCGCGGGACAGGGCCUAGUGAUUUCCCUACAACAUCAUCAGAGACGUCCCACGCGCUCAGUGCAAGCACUCCCGGGUCGUCCUCCUCUGCAAUUACCAACAACGACAAGAGUGUCAGCCAAGAGGCAGAAGCUGCUCCCAAAGCGUACAACAACACAUCGUGUUCCUGUCUUUCUCAGAUAUUUCUCUCCUUGGACGCCUUGUCGAGGCUACCCAACGACGUCAAGACUGCAAUGGGCGUCGCCAGGUCAGCAGCUCGAGUAGCCCAUGAUGUUACCCACUGCCCGGCGUGCAGCCUUCCAGAUAUAAUGGAGCCGCCGCCGAUACAAUCAUUCCAGAACAUGAUGAUGCUGGGCGCCAUUCUCCCGGCGGCCGCCAACGCUUACGCCAAGAUCCUCGAGCUCAUUGACGACGAAGCUGCACAGGCCAGGAAAGAGGGCCGAAACAUUACAUUCAGCUUCGCCGAGUAUGGCGGGCUCUGGGGCGAGAUGCGCAAGCGAGACAGCACGUGCCGUGCCGUCGAGUCGGUUGACAACCGAGAAAUGGACCCGGACACUUGGAGGCUUGCCAUCAGGGCACUUUUGAAGAUUGACGUUUACGGACACGAUUUUGAGAGGAACGAUGGGACGGGGUCUAGUGAGGCAUAUCAUCACCUCGGUCUCAGGGACGUCAUCAAAGCGAUGGAAGACAGAUCGAACAACCGACACAACCAGCUUGACGCCAUGGUCGCGGCCGGGCUUCCUCAUCCAAUGCUGCACACACACCACAACUUGAUGGUUCUGGAGGGGGUGAUGCUAAGGAGAACCGACACUGCUUGA